CCGCAGCGGAUUCGCCGAAGAAGACGCAUCGCCGGAAGUGAGGCUAAACUUUGCUCCACACAGCGGAAAACAGCUGUUGUUUAGAAACAGGAAUAGAUAGGAUGCCUGGGCAGAAAAGAAAGAUGUCUUCUUCUGAACCUGAAGUUAAAAAAACAAAGCUGGACCGAAAUCUUGUGGAGUCUGAUAAAUCUCAAAAGCCUAAAAGAGGAAGACCACCAAAAAGUAAAGUGCUGGAAGCACAGCCAUCAAGACAGAAACAUCAGAUAGAUUCAAGGGAAGAAAAUGGAAAGCCUAUUCGACGGUCCUCUCGCUUGAAAACACCACUAAAAAAAGGUGCUAGAGCAAGACGGCGGAAAGAUGGGGAGAAGCCUAAAGUCUCUGAGGAGAAGUCCUCUCAAAAAAUGCCUGUCCUGAAAAAAGGAAACAAGAAGUAUGUUUCAAGAGUAAAGAGAGAAAAGCCCAUCAUCUCUGAAACCAUCAAAACAGUAGCAGCCAUGUUCCCUGUGCAAAUAGAGCACAAUUACGGACGAUUGUUUGACAUGCAGGCUGAAGAGAUCACGCUACCUAAACCUGACAAAAUCCAUGUGGCUAAUAAAAGUGAAAUGCAGGCGCUUCACGAAACACAAGCAAGCAAAGCUGAAGAGCAAAAAGAGCUGCACGCUGAGCCUGUUGAGAAAAUUACCGUCAGCGUAGAUGCAAAAGUAGACGUGAUGAGCAAAUCUCCUCCACCUCUAGAGGCUCUUUUCAAAGUCAUCCAAGAGUCCAGCCUCACUAAACACUCAUUCUCUGGCAAAGACAUUUCUGAUAUGGAUGAGUUGGAAGUAGUGAACACAUGUUCACUGCAGGACAGUGUGCAAAGCACAGACGUGGCCAAAGUGUUUCUUCAAGACUCGGAUGCAUUUCUGGAUGAUGAUGUAGAGAUUGAAAACUGUGUUGUGGAGAUUGAAACCUACGAGGAUUUGGAUGGCGAUCAAGGGGAGGUGUCGAAAAAGCAAACAAGCGAAUGUGUGACCUGUAAAGAGGUCAAUUCUUCACCUUCUUUGCCCCAAGAAAGUGCAACAGACUCUUCUCAAGAGCUUCCAAAAAAGCAAGCGAUGAACCCACAGGCUCGAACGAAAGCACGUCUGGCAGCUUUAGCUGAGGAAAGAGCGGCUGCCGCCAAGAAACCCCCACCGAGACACUUCAACCUCCUGGCUCUCUGUGAGGAAAUCGCAGAUGACAUCGCAUCUGAUGCUCCAGGAGCUUCAGACAAGACAACGAAUGAGCAACAACAGGAGGAUCAUGAAUCUGAAGACGUGAGUGAGUGUACGGAAGUCAGUGAAUCAAAAGAUGCGAGUGAAUCGAAGGAAGUGAAUGAAUCAAAAGACCUGAGUGAAUCUAAAGAUGCAAGUGAAUCUAAGGAUGUGUCUGAAAAUAAAGAGGUUUCUGAAACUGAGACGUGUGAACCUGAGGAGGUGGUCUCUGAAAACACGGCUCCUCCUGGAACACCUAAUGAAGAGACCGCUGAUCCCAGGCCUGAGGACGGUACGCCUAAGAAACGUUUUUUUCUUAGCCAGAUGUCUGUGCCUCUCAAAACACAGGAGAAGAAGAAACUCUCCCGCUUUCAGAGGCUCAGGCAGGUGGAGCUUCAGCGGGAUAAGCUGACUUGGACACGUGUGAAGAAGCUGAAGUCUGAUCAGGUCAAUCAGGCUGGCUCUCAAAAGGAUAGCGAAGCUUCGUCAGUCUCGCCCAGCCCUGCCACCACCCCUGCCCAGGUUCCUACUACAGAAAGUGUGCCAAAAGUGGGCUCGGUUGAACCCAAACGGGUGCUCCCGGCUCAGGCGCCACCCAUGCCUAAUGGAAUCACCAGCCCGAAACCCAAACCAGUGGUGGAGUAUAAACCCUACACUCCCAGACGCAAGUAUUCACCGGAUGACUUUGAGCUCGACGGUUUUGAAGAGGACACCGCUAAACCAGCAGCACCCAAAAAUGUGGGUAAAGCAGAACAGUCCCCAUCAUCAGCUAAAGUGCAGCCCAAUCCAGCAGUGGAGAGAAAGCUGUGUGUUCCCACUACCGCAGAUAGUAAGUCGAAAUCCUCUCCUCAGCAAGAAACUGCCCAACAAACACAACUGGAAAACAGCAACAGUUCUAGUGUUGAACCAGAACAGAAGAAAGAGGACAAAAACAGUCCCAAACCUGAAAGUCCAGCAGCACAGUCCAGCAAUGAAGCGGGUCAGAAGGCGUUUGGUGCGGUCACUUGUAACGUGUGUGGGAUGCUUUACUCUCCUACCAGCGCCGAAGACGAAUCCCAACACCUCCUCUUCCACAACCAGUUCAUCAGCGCCGUCAGAUACGUGGGCUGGAAAAAAGAGAGGAUCCUGGGAGAAUAUCCUGAUGGCAAGAUUAUUCUUGUUCUCCCUGAUGAUCCGAAGUAUGCAUUGAAAAAGGUUGAGGAGAUCAGAGAAAUGGUGGAUAAUGAUUUGGGCUUCCAGCAAGUCGAGAGCAAAGUCCCGUCACAGACCAAAACCUUCCUCUUCAUUUCAAACGAUAAGAAAGUUGCAGGCUGCCUUAUAGCAGAGCACAUACAAGAGGGCUACAGGGUUAUUGAGGAGUCCGUGCUGGAGGGUUCAGAAGGAGAGAAGGUGAUGUAUGAGCGUCAGAGGGCCUGGUGCUGCUCUACUGUUCCCGAACCUGCGCUCUGUGGCAUCAGCCGCAUUUGGGUGUUCAGCAUGAUGAGACGGAGGGGCAUCGCCUCACGCAUGAUUGAGUGCCUCAGGAACAAUUUCAUCUAUGGGUCACAUCUAAGUAAAGAUGAAAUCGCCUUCUCUGACCCCACACCAGACGGCAAACUCUUUGCAACACAUUACUGUGGAACCUCUCAGUUUUUGGUCUACAACUUUGUCAGCGGCAAACGCUCAACCUGACAGGAUGAGGACAACAGAACAGAGCUGAGUUUUAUAAUGUUAACAUUUGAGAAGAGAAAUGGACUAACAAGACCUUAUUUCACUCAACCAAACAAUGCAAACAUGAUGCGAGAGAACACAAAAGAGAGAAACAGACACAGAACAACGGCUCUUUUUGUUAAGAGUAUUCGUUUUUACAAAAAUUGGCCUAGCUUCCUUACAGGAUGCAAAGUUGGACACUUUCACGGCCAGUUUUUUAAUGAUUCAUUAUAACUGAUGCAUCCCUCGGAGAAAGACAUCUGAAAUGUUCUCUCAGGUUUAGGUUGCAGCCUAUUUUAGGACUCACCGUUUAGUGGAAGCCAUGUAGUCCAGUGCACAAUUGCAGAAUCGGUGUAAGUAUUUCUUUCUAGAACACACAGGAAGAGCUUUUUUCUACUGUAAGCAAUGCCUCGGUCGUGAGGCGACGACUUUUGAAUCUCAGGUUGAAAAAAACAUCAUGAAUUUGCCAUCAAAAUCUCCCUUUAACCCCCGCAUCACGUCAGCUAUUUUCAAAGAGAGCGUAUUUUCCUGAAUCGCUGUGUUGCCUGUGCAUUUUGCAGAGGUUUACAUGCAUGACAUUGACUUUGUUGGAUGGCGAGUGAUUUCGAAGAAGUCGCUGGUAUUUGCACAACUCUGCCCGAAUGAAUCUGAUUCAUUUGUUUCUAAGACGCAUUAAGUGUGAUGAUUUGAAACGAUUGCCCGGUCAUAGUAUUCCAUUUACGUUUUAAUAUCUUUUAGAUUGAUUUUAUGUAUGUAUGUAUGUAUUUUGAUUGAAUUAUAUUAAUUUACACAUGAAAGUGACUACAAAUGGAUCUUUAAGAGGUCAUGAAACUCCCCUCUUUCAGCUCAAGUCUAUCUCAGAAUUAAAGAAGAAAUGCUCCAUGAUA